UUUUUCUUGGGUGUCUGUGAGUGUGUGUCUGAUACAGCAUGUACUAUCCCAUAUUAUUGUAUCUGCUUUGUAUUACUGCUGUGAGUGCUAGUCUAUUUUCCAGCAGUAGUCCGUAUAUUUCAGCAGAUUCUGUUAUCCUUAGUUCUGAUACUCCCGCAAUCAAAGUCAAUGACUCGGUUCCAGCACACAAAUACGAAAAAGACAUUAUUCCUUCCGAAAACUUGACGCAACCAGACUCGCACGGUGUUUCUGGCAUUUUGUACGAUCGAGGUUACUCUUGCCAACUCGAUGCCCCGCGAGUGGCUCCACCAGAAUUACUCAAACUACAACCCAAGAUCGCUCUUGUAAAGCGUGGUCAAUGCUCGUUCGAGGAAAAAGUGCUGUAUUCAUAUCAAGACGGAGCAGUUGGAGUGAUAAUUUAUAAUAAUGUCACAUUUAAAGAGGAUUCCAGUUCUCGACGGAUGGCCAUCCCCAAAUCAAAUAUGAAUAUUACCGCUUAUUACGUUGGUCGUGAUACAGGCGAAGAGUUACUGAGAAAAUUACAAGUGGAGCCACCCAAAGUGUCUUCAAAUAAUGUAUCGGAACAAACCGUCGUGCAGGUCACGCUUUACCCUGAAAUAGGCGCUCUUUCUAAUACUUGGGAGUUUGUACUGAUUAUUGUGGUGGGCUUACUGGGUGUAAGCUUCCUCAUUUCAGUGGGAAUGCAUUGGCACCUUUGGCGAGUCCGUCGCCGACAACGGGCGCUUUUCGAAGCCGGGCUUUUAGCCACGCCCAUGACGCCCUACCCUGCCCAAGCCGAAAAGAAAGUCAUUGAUCCUUCCGCUCUUUCCAUUUUUCCUAUUCGCACCAUUGGCGAACCCUCUAUUGACGCCGCCGUGGAUGCCGCAGCGGUGGGUGCUGCGGCGGGAAGUGAACGACGAUCCUUGGACUCUCAUUCUACACCGGCUUCCCACCCCACGGCGGUGAAGAUCGCUCCCGCCAUAGAUAACAAUACAAUGGUGGAUGCGAAUCCUGCUGAAGCGUCCACCCGUCAUGAAGACAGCACACGCAGUGAAAAUCCAGAGGCCGCUGUCAGGGACUUGAUCACCGACGCUUCGUGUAACGAGGUCACUUGCGUUUUCUGCUUGGAUGAAUUUGCUUGCGGAGAUAAAGUACGCAAACUCCCAUGUGGACACGAGUAUCAUGUUGAAUGCAUUGAUCCUUGGUUGACCCUCAAGUCGGCUUCCUGUCCACUGUGUAAAUACGAUUGCUCCGUUGACGCUCCCAAGGAACAAACGUCAUCCGAGACUGCGACCGCCGCUUAUCCCAUGUCGCCACCGGAAGCUGCAUACGUGCCGCGUUCAUUUUUCGAUAUAUCCUUGUUUCGUACCAUGGGACGAUCUCACACGCCAUUAAGUACGACGUCUUCGUUUGGGCCGAGUAUUCCUGCGGAUCAAGCCGAAGCAUUCAGCCGUUCAUGGAUGGCUCGAAGUUUACCUCGAAAUAUGCGACGGCAAUUAAACGAAGCGGCCGCCGCCGCUGCUGCUCAUGAAGAUAAUACUGUGAUUGAGUUACCGGCUCGUAUGCUUGGUGACGUGACUCCAUCUCCUGGUCCCUCCUCCGAAGAGGGUCAUCCUCAAUCGACGAUUGCGGUCUCUCCAGUUACUCAUCAAAACACAUCCACCACCCGGAGUUUCAUGAGUUCAUUGCCACGCUCUUGGAGCCGACAUCGAUGAUUCAUUGAACGGUAUCAUAUACCAGCUUGAAAGAACCUUGAUUCUCCUUUAUCACCUUCAUUUUUCUUCUAUCACACCCGCUCUCGAAUUUGUAAUUGUAGUCCUUCGUUUUCUUUAUUGUACAAUACGUUAUAUUAUCCAUCCUCGCACUCCUUGUAUCACCAUUUCCUUGGCAAAAUAUUCCCCAUGUUUUCGUGGAAGAAUAAAGUUAAAUAAAAUGCC